AUGGCCGAAUCCAUCGAGACGGAGUAUCGCUUGAUCAAGCAUCGCCGGCGCGUCAGCGUCAUCGCCGCCAAGGCUAGACAAUUCGCUCGCGACGGGAUAAAAUAUCGCGUUUAUCACAAGACGACCAACAGCACCCGGCCCAGCACCCGACAGGCGGAUGAGAUCAUCGAUAUCAGUGGGCUGGAUCAUGUCAUCACUGUCGACCCUCGCCGGCGCCGCGCGGCCGUGGAACCAAAUGUAUCAAUAGCGACUCUCGUCACGGCCACGCUCAAGCACGGCCUCAUUCCUGCCGUUGUCCCUGAGUUCCCUGGCAUCACCGUGGGCGGCGCCUUUUCCGGCACUGCGCUCGAGAGUUCUUCAUUCCGCUAUGGUCACUUUGAAAAGUCUGUCGCUUCUCUCGAGGUUAUCCUUGGAAACGGCAACAUCGUCACCGCCUCGCCCGUCGAGAACUCGGACCUCUUUAGUGGUCUCGCUGGCUCUUGUGGUACUCUCGGUUUAUGCACAAUCAUCGAAGUCAAGCUUGUUCCUGCUCGCCGAUUUGUCGAGCUCAACUAUCUCCCAGUUCACUCCGCCGCCGAAGCUUUGAACACUAUGCAGUCCUACACCGCCGACACUUCGCCCGUCGAUUUCGUCGAUGCCAUUAUGUUCGGUCUAAACGAUGGUGUCAUCAUUACUGGCACCAUGACGGAUGAGAAGAAGCAGGGCAUGCCUGUCGUUCGCUUCAGCCGAGCUCAUGAUCAGUGGUUCGCUCUACAUGUGCACGAGUCGGUCUCUCACGUCAGAGAUACCAAUUGCAUGCUCUGCACGCUUUCAGAAUCUCGCUCAGUCGACAUGAGAGGCAUAGUCACUGACCUGGUACCGAUCAAGGAUUAUCUCUUCCGAUACGAUAGAGCCUCUUUCUGGAUGGGAGUUUACGGUCAGAAUCCCGAUACCUUCAACGGUCUUACACGCUUUCUUCUCAAUCCCAUCGUGAAGGGUGAGUGCUUGUUCGCUAGUAUCCAUCAUAGCAGACAGAACCGCAAAAUGUUCUUUCAAGAUAUUACGCUGCCGGGAAACACCGUUGCGGCCUUCCUCGACUGGGUCAACAACAACUUGGGGAUUUAUCCUGUCUGGAUCUGCCCCGUAAGAGUCAUUCCCGACAGUCGCAACCGUGAACGUUGCCACAAUAUCAAUGUCAAUGUACGAUUGUGGGGUCCCAAGACCAUCCACGGGCCUGAUGACGUUCCAGGUCGCGACAGCCCCGAGGCCUUUGAGCGAUUCAUCCGGGAUAACAAGAUGAUUGAGCAGGCUACUCGCGAUCUCGGCGGUACCAAGGUGGUUUACGGCGACAACUACUACACGGAAGAGGAAUUCUGGCGAAUUUACGACAAGGAGUUUUACGAUGAUCUCCGCGACAAGUGGGGUGCUGCCGGCCUUCCCAGCCUCUGGGACAAGCUCGGCAACCCGAACCCGACCUACAAGGAACAGCCUUCUCGCUCCAAGGCUAUCAUGAAAGUUCUCCUGAAGCGCGACUAUCUCCUCAAGAAGUGA